AUGCGCACCGACCGGCCGCGACACGCUAACCUAUACGACGCGUCAGGCGCGCGCGUGCAUCCGCUACAGGCGCCCGGCUGGAUCAAAUCCUUUUCGCACGACAGCGUGCGCCGGCAGGGGGCGCCACGCAGCGUCCCGCAGCAGAAGCAGAGGUCGCUGUCCGAUGCCGUGUUGGAGCGUGCGGGUCGCUCUCCCCGCCCCGACCCGCACCACGUGUUCAACGUUCCCGAGCUGGUGACGCACUACGAGAACAUCACGCGCGUGCGCACGUCAGCCAGCCGCGACGUCGGCGUCGUCACGGGCUCCGGUUUCCACGACGACGCCGACGAGCGACGGUACGAGACCUGUGAUAGCGUCGCCGCCGACGACGACGACGACGGCGAGGGGGCGCCACGUGUACCGGACGACGCGGAGAUGCGCGAGGCGACGGCGUCGCUCGAUCAAGCGCUCGCCGACAUUGAACACGGCGACUACAUCAACUACGACAACUGUGAUAAGGACAUAGGCGACGACGACGCCGUCAGUAACGGUGGUGGCUCUCCCUUGCGGGAAGCAGCACGCGAGCCCACGUACGUGAACGAUCUGUUUCACAUCUCUGCGGGCGAGGAGUCGAGAGAUCGUGCCGCGGAAGCGGACGGACAGUCGGACAGGCGAUCACACACUGUCAGUGAAUUAGAUAAGGCCCUGGGCACAAUCGAUUCCACACUACCAGCUAUCAAGGUGGAAGAGCACGAAGGAGACGCUGACAAGCACAACUCUACGGAGGGUCAUCUAGGGAAACCAGUGCGUAAUGCGCCGGAUAGAUACGCGGGCUACGGUUUGCACACGGCUCCGUUCAGCUAUGGCGUGCCGUCAAGUUCAUGGAACAGUGACACGGACCAAGAGAAAGCCAUCAUAUUCUAGCUGAUCAUCAUGCUCACCAAUAUCGGCUGAUUGAUUUGCUGGUCGAUUGAUUGCCUUCACGAUUGAUCGAUCGACUAAUAGUUG